UUGAGCUGAGACACAAACAGGAAGGCGGCCAGGCGACGGUUGUCCGGCAGGGAGCAGCUCUUUAUACAGCUGAAGGGCAGAGGGAAUCUGCUCUCCACAGAGCCCUGGACUGCACUGCCCUUUCUUCCUUGGCUGUGGGAGGACAGGGCAGCACUCGGUGGUGUGAGGUUGAGAAGGCUGGCUGGAGAUGGCGUCCCUGCCUCCAGGCCAUUAGGGCGCACCCUGACAGAGCUGUUGCUGUGUCUCUCGUCUCUGAAACUUUUGUCCUGCUGGUCGAAAAUCCAUUCCUCGCUGCCGAAGAAUUAACAGGAUGCUCUCCAAUGAGUCCCUGCAUCCGCCUGCCUUCAGUCGCUCCAACUCCCAAGCCUCUGUCGACAGCAGCACGUCGGUGGAGGAGUUCUGGCCAGAAAUCGGGAGUAUCAAAGAGAGCAGUGUGGGGGCACGGGAGGAGCAGCCGCCCACCCCCGAGGCCAAGUCCGUGGAUGAAGGAGAACUUGAAGCAGAGUGGCUACAAGAUGUGGGAUUGUCAACCCUGAUCUCUGGGAACGAAGAGGAAGAUGGCAAAGCCCUCCUGUCGACGCUGACUCGCACCCAAGCCGCUGCCGUGAAAAAGAGAUACAACACGUAUACCCAGACGCUGAGGAAGAAGAACAAGCAACCCGUCAGGGACGUUAGAGACGUCUUUGGAGUCAGCGAAUCUCCCUCUAGUGAUUCUUGUGACCGUGCUACCCAGUUGGACGGCACCAAGGAGGAAAAAGAGCUGCCAGGAGUUACCAAAACAAGUGGCCCUCUGCCAGAUGAUACUUCUCUCAACAGUACUACCCUAUCCAACGGUACUCGGGAUGAGGAAGGUAGUUUUGUGGACCUCCAGAGUGGCUCCGUGUCAAUCCUUGAGGCUAUCCCAGAUAUUCCCGUUCACACCAAUGGAUCUGCAGACGCUGAGCCGCCACCAGUCCUGAGCGCUUUGAGUGAUGAUGAUUAUCUAGAAAAGAACAUUCCGCCAGAGGCUGAAGAGCUGUCUUUUGAGGUGUCUUACUCAGAAAUGGUGACCGAGGCCCCAAACAGAAAUAAAUGGAAGAAGUCAGACAUUAAAAAAGAAGACUAUGCCUUAACCAAAUUUAUUGUUCAGAAAACCAGGUUCGGGUUGACCGAAACAGGAGACCUGUCUGCCGAAGACAUGAAGAAAAUCCGCCACCUCUCUCUGAUUGAAUUGACGGCCUUCUUUGAUGCUUUCGGGAUACCACUGAAGAGAAACAAGACGGAGAGGGGGAAAGGCCGAGACAGUGGAAUUUUCGGAGUGCCACUUACAGUCCUCCUGGACAAUGACCGGAAGAAGGACCCUGAAGUGAAAGUUCCCCUUGUGUUACAAAAAUUUUUCCAGAAAGUCGAGGAAUCGGGCCUGGAAUCAGAAGGAAUUUUUCGACUUUCCGGAUGUACUGCCAAAGUCAAGCAGUACCGUGAGGAGCUGGAUGCCAGGUUCAACGCUGACAAGUUCAAGUGGGACAAGAUGUGUCACCGGGAAGCUGCCGUGAUGCUGAAAGCGUUCUUCCGAGAACUCCCCACCUCCCUCUUCCCCGUCGAGUACAUACCUGCCUUCAUCACGCUGAUGGAAAGGGGGCCUCACGUCAAAGUGCAGUUUCAAGCCUUGCACCUCAUGGUCAUGGCCCUGCCUGACGCCAACAGGGACACAGCCCAGGCGCUGAUGACGUUCUUCAAUAAAGUGAUUGCCAAUGAAUCAAAGAACCGCAUGAGCCUGUGGAACAUUUCUACGGUGAUGGCGCCAAACUUGUUCUUCAGCAGAAGCAAGCACUCUGACUAUGAAGAAUUGCUGCUAGCCAACACCGCAGCCCACAUCAUCCGCCUGAUGCUGAGGUACCAGAAAAUUCUGUGGAAGGUGCCAUCUUUCUUGAUCACCCAAGUAAGAAGGAUGAAUGAAGCCACCAUGCUGUUGAAGAAGCAGCUCCCGAGUGUGAAGAAACUGCUUAGGAGGAAGACCCUAGAGCGGGAGGUAUCAAGCCCCAAGACCUCAAAGGUACCACAAAAAUCACCUUCAAGAAGAAUGUCUGACGUGCCAGAAGGCGUCAUCAGGGUCCACGCUCCACUUCUGUCCAAAGUGUCAAUGGCCAUUCAGCUCAACAGUCAGACCAAAGCCAAAGACAUCCUGGCGAAGUUUCAGUAUGAGAACAGUCAUGGUUCAUCUGAAUGUAUUAAGAUGCAGAACCAGAGGUUAUAUGAAGUUGGAGGAAACAUAGGACAACACUGUUUGGAUCCUGAUGCGUAUAUAUUGGAUGUGUAUCACGUUAAUCCUCAUGCAGAAUGGGUGAUUAAGCCCUCGCCAAGCCUUUAAAAUAUGCCAAAGAUGGCUCUUGCCUUGUAUUAUAUGCCAAGAAGUUCCUGCAUUUGUGGGAAAAACCACACUGCCCUGAGGUAUUUGCUCCUGUAAUCCCUGGUUCUCCUGAAGGGGUGGUGUCACCAGCUCUGUCGAUAUGAACUACAGAGAGGGAGCUGGUUCACACUGAACUGAACUUUCUUAUCACAGUCCCUUGGUAAGAAGAUAUGACCCAGAAGAAAGGCCAACGUUACUCACCGUGGAGCUAUGUAGCAGAAACAGACUUGGCCCUGUGCCUGGGAACAGGCUGCACUUCUGACGUGAAACAUACACUAUUUAUGCUCCUAGAUUGGAGGGCCUUCCGUCUAAAGACAGUUGAGCCCCGUGUCAUUCUGCGCAUCACACUCGGAGAGGACUUGGUAGCGCCCUGGUGCAAAGGAACUUCCCGUUGAGAGCUGA